AUGUCGGAGCAUAAGGACAAUGAGAAUCACAAUCUCAAGAGGGAACAUGAAUCUGUUAACGGUACCCACUCUCCUAGACCUGUUGUCCAACCAAAGAGAUCUAAACUCAUUACAUCAUCACAUUUCGAUCUUAACUCACCACUACAAACUAGACCAGCAUCACCUUUGAUCCUUAACCCACCAAUAGACUCAGAUGGUUUAUCAUGGCCAUCACAUGGCGCCAGGUCGCGUAUCGAUCAAACUCCAGAAGAAGCAGCUGAACGGGAAAAGCGUAUUGCUGAUGCUGUGCGUACAAUCUUGACGGAAUUAGGUGAGGAUACAAAUCGUGAAGGGAUUUUAGAAACGCCUGAAAGAUAUGCUCGUGCCAUGUUGUUUUUCACUAAAGGUUACGAGGAUAAUAUUCGUGAUGUGAUUAAACAUGCAGUUUUUGAGGAAAACCAUGAUGAAAUGGUGAUUGUUAGAGAUAUUGAAAUAUACUCUCUUUGUGAACAUCAUUUGGUUCCAUUUUUUGGUAAAGUACAUAUUGGUUAUAUUCCCAACAAGCGGGUCUUGGGGUUGAGUAAAUUGGCGAGAUUAGCUGAAAUGUAUGCAAGAAGAUUUCAGGUUCAAGAAAGAUUGACUAAACAGAUUGCCAUGGCGUUGAGUGAGAUUUUGAAACCUCGAGGUGUAGCUGUAGUUAUGGAAGCUACACAUAUGUGUAUGGUGAGUCGUGGUGUACAAAAGACUGGCAGUUCAACUACUACAAGUUGUAUGCUUGGAUGUUUUAGAGAUCACCAAAAGACCAGAGAAGAAUUUUUGACCUUAUUAGGAAGAAAGUAA